AUGCCUUUGAUUACCAUUUCCCAGUCGUUGGACGAAGCGUACACCAAACACAAAGUUGUGCCAGAAGUGGUCGACGCCUUUGAAACCCAGGGUCUCUUGACUAUUGAGUACAACGGAGAAGAUUCCGUAGCCUUGGGCAAUACUUUGAAAGUGGCUCGCACUCAGAACAAGCCCAUUAUUCAAUUCACAUUGAACUCCCCCAACCAAGAAGGCAUUGUUGAAUCAAUCUCGGACGAGGACAAGUUCAUCUUGGUUAUGACUGACCCUGAUGCGCCCUCCAACACCGACCACAAAUGGUCGGAAUACCUCCAUUGGCUCAUCACCGAUUUGAAGUUGACCAACGUCAAGAAAUCAGACCUGGACUCAGAACCUGAAAUCAGCCACAUCUUGGACUACUCUAAGGGUGUUGAAUUAUUCUCAUACAUGGGUCCAGGACCUCCACCAAAAACUGGUCUUCAUCGUUACGUCACUUUGUUGUACAAACAAGAUCCAAAUGUUUCCAAGUUGGAGGCUCCUCUCGAUAGACCCAACUGGGGAACUGGAAUUCCUAGUAGUGGAGUUCGCGAUUGGAUCAAGAAGGUGGCCCCAGGCCUGAAGUUGUUGGGUGUCAACUUCUUCUAUGCUCAAGACGAAGACAAUUGA